CGCCGAGGCGACAGUUCUGGCUUAAAAGCCGCGUGCUGCGGCUCAGUUCCCGAAAGGAGGGUAUAGGCUCCGCGUUUCGAGUCCUUCGCGUUGAUAAAUUUCCCGGAAUUCACCGUAGAGUUCGUAAAAAGCAUCACUCUGCUAUUUACUUCUCAUUGCGCCAAUACUUCACCCGGAAUGGUAGUCGAAGCCUCUUUACAGCGAGAUGUACAUGGUUUUAAGGAUGAGGAGGCGGGCGUUACGACGAAAAUUGACAAUGGCGUUGUGGGGUCGUAUGUUAAAGGAGUGACCCUUCCGGAAGUCAACUUUUCAGCUUUCUUUGGCGAUGUUUUUGCAAGGCACAAAGACGAGACUGCUCUGGUGGACGCCAGGACAGGUGCGCAGUACACCUUCGGCGAGCUGCACGAUGCUUCUCUGCGGGUGGCCGCCGGUCUGCGGCGGCUAGGCCUGCGCACGGGCGACAUCGUCUGCUUCCACGCCACCAACGGGGCCGACCUCGUAGUCGCCAUGUGUGGAACGUUCUUCGCGGGCGGCACGGCCGCCAUGGCCAAGACUAACUUGACCGAAAGGGAGAUUCAUUACCAGUUUCAGGACAGUCGUCCGAAGUUCGUCGUCACCGACCUUUGCGAAGCAGGGAGGGCGGUGAAGGCUUACGAAAGAAUCACUUCAGUAGAGGCUGUCAUAGUUACCACAGGGUCUUACGAAGGGACGCUGAGCCUCUCGCAACUCGUUAAAACUCCUCUCGAUAACACUGAUUCUCCUGCGGAUGGCGGUCCGGAUACCGUGAUGGCGAUAAUAUAUUCGAGCGGCUCUACCGGAUUACCAAAGGGUGUACAACUCACACACCGCAACAUCAUCGCCCAGGUGCUAUCAUAUGGGUACCUGGACGCAUCGAUAUUUCAAAAGGGCGAUAUCUUUCUUUGUUCAGCAUCACUUAUGCAUGUCGGCGGCUUUUCGCUUACUAUGUGUUAUCUUGGCCAUGGCUGUCAGGUCGUCUUGGUCCACACGCCAGAUUAUAGCAUCAUUAUGCCUGCAAUAGAAAAGUACAAGGCGACAUCGCUACUGCUGUACCCAACGUUCGCCCAGAGGUUAAGCGUGUAUCCGCUUCUUAGCCAGUCGGACACUAGGAGCCUUACAAAAGUGAUUAUCGCAGGAAACACUGUAAAUAGCAUGAUACUGCAAAACGUAACCAGGAAGCUCCGACUGAGAGGAGUCAUACAAGCCUAUGGUAUGACUGAGCUGGCGGGAAUCGUUACCUUUUCCAUACCACGACUCGAUGACUUCAAGAGCGUCGGGAAGCCUUCUGCGUUCGUAGAAAUGAAAGUAGUAGACACGCAGUCUCAAAAGAAUCUUGGAGCUCUUGAAAAAGGGGAAAUCUUCGUGAAGAGUCCUGGUGCCUUCAAGGGUUAUCUUGGGCGGCCGGAGGAAAUGGCUCGCAUCUUUCAAGACGGCUUCAUUCGCACAGGCGACACGGGUUUCUACGCGCCAGACGGCCGUUUCUUCGUGUGCGGCCGGUUGAAGGAGCUCAUCAAGUGCAUGGACCAGCAGGUGGCGCCCGCCGAAAUCGAGGAGCUGCUGGCGGCGGACACUAGCGUACGACAUGUGGUCGUGGCCGGGGUACCGCACCCGGAGUACGGUGAGGCCGCGCGCGCCUUCGUCGUGCUCGACCGCCUCCCGGCGGACGGCAAGGAGGAAAGCGAAACCGCUGCGAGGCUACGGGCGCUCGUUGCCAACCAGCUGUCUUUCCACAAGCACUUGCACGGUGGUGUGGAAUUCCUGGAGAGCAUUCCGCAAACGGAUUCCGGCAAAGAAUUACGCAGCGCGCUGCAGCAGUCAUACAUGCAAAAGCUCAAGCGCAUCCAGGCACACUAAAAUCGGAAAAGAUGUCCGAGUGGCGUACUAUCGAAUUCAAGGUAUCUGCGGAGGCAACCGACAGGGAGUGCAGCUUACUCUGGCUUGUCUAAAAUUUUUUAUUCGUUUGGCAAGGUUUGAUGAGAGUUGAUUAUUCAAUGCACUAUAAAUGCCUUCUUUCAUGGCACUUACACAAUAUUAUCAAAAUGUCAGAAUUUACGUAUGAAGUUGAAAGGCACUACGUAUGUCUUUUGUUUUCACUUUCUUUCAGAAUCGGCCAGCUUUUAUUAUGCCUGUACCCGUUUUACAUGUACCCAUGUAUGGCUGAUGCCAAGCAGGUAGUGUGAGGUUUACAUGAUACACCGAAGCACCUCCCUGCACGCCUUGUUUUGUGUUUCAAUGACGUUCCCUAAACAAUAUAUCAGAGCAAGCUAGUCAGAAGCUACCCCCUCGGGAAUACAGUGCGCGAAACCACUUUGGACUUUAAUAAAAUGCAUUGU